AUGGCUGGCGAUUCUAGGAAUGCCAUGAACCAGGAUAUGGAGAUUGGGGUCACUCCCAGGGACCCUAAGAAGGUUCCCAAGCAGGCCCGCGAUUAUAUCCCCAUUGCCACAGACCGCACGCGCCUGCUGGCGGAGGGCAAGAAGCCCCGGCAGCGCUACAUGGAGAAGAGUGGCAAGUGCAACGUCCACCACGGCAACGUCCAGGAGACCUACCGCUACCUGAGCGACCUCUUCACCACCCUGGUGGACCUCAAGUGGCGCUUCAACCUGCUCGUCUUCACCAUGGUCUACACCGUCACCUGGCUGUUCUUCGGGUUCAUCUGGUGGCUCAUUGCUUACAUCCGGGGCGACCUGGAUCACAUCGGGGACCGGGAGUGGAUCCCCUGUGUCGAAAACCUCAGUGGCUUCGUGUCUGCCUUCCUGUUCUCCAUAGAGACCGAGACCACCAUCGGGUACGGCUUCCGGGUGAUCACGGAGAAGUGUCCGGAGGGCAUCAUCCUCCUUCUGGUCCAGGCCAUCCUCGGCUCCAUCGUCAACGCCUUCAUGGUGGGGUGCAUGUUCGUCAAGAUCAGCCAGCCCAAGAAGAGAGCCGAGACCCUCAUGUUCUCCAGCAACGCCGUCAUCUCCCUGCGGGACGAGAAGCUCUGCCUCAUGUUCAGGGUGGGCGACCUUCGCAACUCGCACAUCGUGGAGGCCUCCAUCCGCGCCAAGCUCAUCAAGUCCCGGCAGACCAAGGAGGGGGAGUUCAUCCCGCUGAACCAGACCGACAUCAACGUGGGCUUCGACACGGGGGACGACCGCCUCUUCCUGGUGUCCCCGCUCAUCAUCUCUCACGAGAUCAACGAGAAGAGCCCUUUCUGGGAGAUGUCGCGGGCCCAGCUGAAUCAGGAGGAGUUUGAAAUCGUGGUCAUCCUGGAAGGGAUGGUGGAGGCAACAGGCAUGACUUGCCAAGCACGGAGCUCCUACAUGGAUACGGAGGUGCUCUGGGGCCACCGAUUCACUCCAGUCCUCACCCUGGAAAAGGGCUUCUAUGAGGUGGACUACAACACCUUCCACGACACCUAUGAAACAAACACGCCCAGCUGCUGUGCCAAGGAGCUGGCAGAAAUGAAGCGGGAAGGCCGGCUCCUGCAGUUCCUCCCCAGUCCCCCACUGCCAGCAGGCUGUGCUGGAGCAGAGCUGGACGCAGAGGCUGAGCAGGAUGGAGAGGAAGAGCCUGAGGGUCCGAGUGGGUCCCGGGAGACCAGGGGCUCAGUGUGA